AUGUUCACUGAAGAGGUGGAGUUGAAUGAACGGAAAGUGGCUGAAAUGAAUUUGAGCCUGGACCAUGCCCUGAAGUCGAAUAAUCGACGGGGAAAUUGCAUCUUACGGAUGAUUAAAGAUCGAUGGCAGUAUGCCCUACGAACGAUCUUUCGCACAUGGCGUAUGUUAACCCGACAGAAACGUCUUUUAGAGAUCACCAAUCGAAAUAAAAUGAAGCGCUUCCUCUCAAAGCAAUCGCGCCUUUUGCUUUCGGUGGCCUUUUAUCAGUGGAAGCUUAUAUUGGAGAUGUCCCGGAAUACGUUUCUCAUGGAACGCCUCCACGAAUCGGCCUUUCAAUUAGAAAAUGCCAAAAAUCAGUUUCAGCUCCAGUGCUGCCGUGCCGAUCGGCUCAUUCAAAUCACCAAAGACGCCAAGAGAAACCUUGAAGAGGCGAAGUAUGAAAACAAGGAGCUCCAAGAGCAGGUGGAAAGCCUCAAAGAGGAAAUGGCAAGCCGCGAGGACAUGUACAAGGAAAAGUUGGCAAGUGGGGCGCGGGACACCUUCCGGCUGGUGUCGAUGUAUUCUCGCUUUUCAUCCCUGCUUAUUCGCACCUCCCGUCAGCCACUGUCGUAUCAACUGUCAUCUGCCUCCCGGCCCAAUCGGGAAAACGCGGACGAAUUGGACUCUGCGGAUCCGGACGACCCGCUGGAUCAGACGGAUACUUGGAAAUUACUACCCCGUUGGUAUAAUUCCAUUUUGAAAGAAAUUAAAGGAAGUCCGACGAAAACGACGGAGACGCGCAAUGGGGACUUCGCCUCCGGGGAAGUGUUCUACAUCCUGCUCAAUUAUGUGUUUGAAAAAUCCCCCGAGUUGCUUAAUCGUCGCAUGGCGACGAUGGAACGUUUUCAGGAAAUCAAGAAAUUGUGCGAAGAAUACAAGUUGACCACUAUAUUGGAACCUGAGGACUUUAUCAAUAUGCGUGAGGAUCGCAUCAUGGAGUCUCUAUGCGAGAUCUACGAGCGAUAUAUCGAUGAUAAAUGGAGGGAAAGUACCUCGAAGGCUUCAAUCGUUCUCAAAGAAGGAAUAGUAGAGAAAGAACCGGAAAUACCAGUGGACGUGACUGAUUUUUCGGAAUUUAACAAACUCGUCCAACAAAGUGAGGAUCAACUAAAGGAACUACAAAACCAGAUCACAGUUCAGAACCACUACGAGCAGGAGUUGGUGACCCACAAAAUGGCGAUAUCGGAGACGCGAAGCUAUCUCGAACGAGAAAGAAAUAACGGUGUGUUAUUGACCCACCUCAGUAAAAGUAAUGCAGGGCUUUUUUGGUCUCUUAAUCCCAAAAACUUUCGCGAAAUUCUCCUCAGCAAUAAUAUUCAAAUCCGAGUCGAGGCGAUUAUCGAGUCUCUCGAAGCUGCCCUCAAGACUCGGUCCCUUCAGACCUCUCGGCUUUUUCAUGUUUAUGCCAGCAAAAGCACGCGAACUAUGGCGGAGUUCAGUUUUUGGCGAUUUAUCGAGUUCAGCACGUUACUGUCGGAUAGCUUAACCAAAGAGAUGGUUUCGGAUAUCUUCGACCGAGUCGUCUCCCCGCAACUGGUAAGUGUAUUAAAUCCCAAUAACAAAAGGAAACUAGAUUUAGACCGAAAAGCCCUCAUUCGGGUGGCUCGACAGGAAAUGGAUAUUCGUUAUGUAACCCCUGAACAAUUUAUCGAAUUGCUUGUAUGGAUGAUUUCUGAAAAAUAUGGGAUUGAGCACGGAAUCGAAGAAAAAUUUAGCAGCUUCUUUACGCAGAUGCGAUUUCCCAGAAAAGGUGACUUACCCUCGGUCCUCGAAGAAUUCUAUGAGUACGAUACACAACGGGUCAUUGAAUUUUUCUCCACCGACCUGUGUCGUAUUUUCUUCUUCUACCUCAAAAGACAAGAGACUUCCAACAUAAUCAGUGAGCGGAAUAUGGCCGUACAAAACGGUGGCCGUUUUGGCACGCUGCUUACCACCUCAUUUUUCUUACGGAUCCUAGAAGACUGCGGUUUUUUAUCCGAUGGUAUUAAUUUGCCGAAUAAUGCCCAUAACAAUAUUGGUAACGAAAAUUCACCGCAACGCUUUAUCUCUUCUAACAAGGUACUCGAAAUGCUGCAUGGUUUGCAGUCCUAUUAUGUUGACCUAAAAGCAAAUCAAGUGACUUUUACGAUAUUUCUCGAGAGUUUUUCGUUGAUAGCCCAUUACUGGUGCCCGAACCCACUGGUACCUCUCUCACGCAAGGUAGCUGCUUUUAUUGUUGUUUGUAUUAAUCAGCUCAACACCUUCCACACCGGAACCACCCUUAUUCUUGCUGAGUUUUCUCACAUUCCGUUGACAGGCGGAAAAAGAGUAGAUUUUAACGUUACGAAUGCGUCAGAUAUGUAG